UCCAUCCAGGCCGACAGCAGGCUAAGUGGGGCCGGCGGUGGGGACCCCAGGCGGGCAGCAGCGUGCCACAGUAAAUCAGCUCAUGUGUCGCCUUUGGCACAUGUGCCAUAGGUUGCCGACCCCUGAACUAGUGUCUUUUACAGAUAUCUACCUCUGGCAGUACAGUUAUUAAUAAGAAGUCCAAUCCGGGCCAUGUCUACAUGAGCAAGCAAACUCAGUUGAAACCUUUUAAUUCCCUUGUAGACACAGUUCAGUACCUUUAAGAUCACUUGAGCUGGUUGUGGUGUUAGAACCUAGGCUAGACAGGACCUAGAUAUUUUCUCAGCUCGCAGGAAUGGGAAGUAGGAUGAUGGCUUCAGUGGCUAAUACAUAGGAGUGUUAGAUUCAAAGUUCUAGUAUCUGAGUGCCUACUGGCUUUGAACGCUGGUUGCUGGCGUUCUUGAUCAGAGAUAGUGUGCAAUCAUAACCUUUUGGAGGGGUUCUAAGCCCUUGUUUGGCAGGCUCUUAAAUCUGCCACUAAUGUCUCUCACCUUCUACUUAGAACUAACAAGCCCUGUUCUCAGAACUCUUCCCCAUGGCUGUGACUUGCAACAGCACCCUUCCCCCCCAAUAAAGUAUCCGUGCUACAUUAGACAAUUCCUGUCAGUCUCUCACUACAGAUGUCAUUGAAUGUACUGCUCUUAGUUGCAGGUAAUGGCCACUGGUAACUUCCACUUGUGGCCUACGAACAUGUCCAGCCCAGGCAUCGCAGAGAUGCUUGUUCCAGGCUGUGGCACACUAAUAUAUUGUUAGGAAGGACGUAGCUUUCAGCUCCUUUAUGGGAGGGACCAGCUAUAACUGAUAGUGGCUUUUUUGUUUUUUUUCAAACAUCACUCCUUUCCUUGUGUCUUUUUUUCCUUCUGGCAAACACUUCCUUCUUAUGGAGCUCAAGCCAUCAUAGCUCUGCAAAGCCCUUCUCCAAGCUUCUAACAAGGAAUAACUAUGGAUAAAAGCGAGCUGGUACAGAAAGCCAAACUGGCCGAACAGGCUGAGCGCUAUGAUGACAUGGCUGCUGCUAUGAAGGCUGUCACUGAGCAAGGACAUGAACUGUCCAAUGAAGAAAGGAAUCUACUCUCUGUUGCCUAUAAGAAUGUGGUUGGUGCCCGUCGCUCUUCCUGGCGUGUAAUUUCCAGCAUUGAACAGAAAACAGAGAGGAAUGAGAAGAAACAGCAGAUGGGAAGAGAGUAUCGUGAGAAAAUUGAGGCUGAAUUGCAGGAUAUCUGCAAUGAUGUUCUGGAACUCUUGGAUAAGUACCUUAUUGUCAAUGCCACACAGCCAGAAAGCAAGGUCUUCUAUUUGAAAAUGAAAGGCGAUUACUUCAGAUAUCUUUCAGAGGUGGCAUCUGGGGACAGCAAACAAACAACAGUAUCAAACUCUCAGCAGGCUUACCAGGAGGCAUUUGAAAUUAGCAAGAAAGAGAUGCAACCUACACACCCCAUUCGGCUUGGUCUGGCUCUCAAUUUCUCUGUCUUUUACUAUGAGAUAUUAAAUUCCCCUGAAAAAGCCUGUAGUCUGGCAAAGACGGCGUUUGAUGAAGCGAUAGCUGAGCUGGACACACUGAAUGAAGAGUCUUACAAAGACAGCACUCUGAUCAUGCAACUACUUAGGGACAACCUUACUCUAUGGACCUCGGAAAACCAGGGAGAUGAAGGGGAUGCUGGGGAGGGAGAGAACUAAUGGCUGUCACGCUUCACUAUAUGUUCAAUGUCACUCUGUAUCCUACACAUAUAUCCCUUUGUGCGACAAGCAAAAAGAAUAGUACAUCGACUUUCACAACCUCAACGUAGCAAAAACUGUCUGUGGGGUAAAAACAAUUGGUUGGUGUUUUGUGUACUUAAAAUGGAGAUUGGUUCUACAACUGCAUUCUGAACUUUCUUCUUAUGAACAUUUGCAGUUAUGAUUACCGUGUUUAUAUUUUUAACUCAGCACUGUGAUUAUGGGUUUUGUGAUUGCAGUUGACUUUACAAAACUCUUCCUGGUAGAAACUAGACAUUAAUUAUGUAACUCUGGAAAGCUUAAUCUGGCACCAAAAUAGUCGAAGUACAAUUCUGUUGUAAAGUUGUACAGAAAGUUAUAAAAAUUAUAUUGUGACACUGGGGCAUGGAAGGAAAACAAUCCAUUGUAUGGCAUUCCAGUUCAGUAACACACUUCAGUGAAUUACUUUAACAGGCACACUCUAUAGACAUUUUUAACCAAGUGUGGUGCACCGCUUUCAGUCAAAAGCUCAUUCUAAGUAAUCUGACCUUUCUGAGGGUUCAGUUUUUUGGGAGGUUAGCAGCCUGAUUUCCAAACUACAUUGGCAAGUAAUUGGGGUUUGACUUUGAAAAAUGGUCCAGUGCUCAUACAACAUGCAUGACUAAAACCCCUUCCCACUGCAAUAAAUUACUUCGUUACAACUUGGACUGUUCUUUAGUAGUGAGAUUUCUUAGUGCACUGCUGUCAACUUGCAACAGGAAAAGACUAAUAUUGUAUGAAUGGCCUUAUUCGUUUUUGGAUAAUACUGUUAAGAGUAAAAUAAUACAAAGAUUGCAUUUCACUUAGGAGAAUUAAAAUCUCUUUGGGUAUUCCCACUCCAAACUCGAUCUGGAAAAAUUUCUAAUAUUCCACUCUGCCAUCUUUGAAUUCACUUUAUAGAAAUCUUCCUCCCAUUGAGUUGAUGUUCAUCCUCACCCUCUCACCUGCUUUUAAACUUCAUUAAAACAUUUCUGGACUCCUACAUGUGUUCCAUUAUUUGUGGAUUAUAAGUGACAGGGUGAUGGAGAGAGAUGUGUGCUAGUGGACAGGUCUCUCACUCAGAUGUUUGAGAGUUGUCAGUGCUGCUGUAGUCUUCAGCUCUUAAUGUCUGCCACUUUAAGCCAGUUCCUGGUAUUACCUAAAAUUUUCAAGAUUUCCCAUUAUUUCUUACUGGAAUGCAGACCUUACACAUUUAUAAUGCUUGUUAGGAACUUGUGAUAUUAGAACUCCAAAUAUCCUCAUUUAGUUGUGUUCCCAAUCAGGUCCAGUCAAAUAAGACCUAAUAAGAGUUGCAUGAAUAAUGCAGUGGAAAAGAUUAGGAAUCUUCAUCUAUCAGUCUCACCGUAUCAUCCCUCUACCAUUUCACCUAGCUGUAGAAUCCAUCUGUUUGUCUGUCCAUCUGUCUGCUGGAGAGAGAAUUUCAUGCACUGAUUUUAAAACUCCCCUCUACUAGCUGAACAAAUAGUGCAGUUAAUACUUGGCGCUUGAUAAAUGCAGUAGUGAUGAAUGUGGAACCGAGCCUGUCUGUAUAUCUGGUAGCUCUUUUCGCUUUGUUUUUACUGACCAGUAUUCUGCCUAAAGUUUGCUUCUGUGAUGGUUAUAUUGCUAGCACACACGUGGUUGUGAGAAUAGUAUAGCAAAAAAGAAAUACCUGGUUAUUGAUGUACUAGAUUUGUGUAUGUCUUUUAAACGGUUCUAGUUUCACCUUACACAAAAUAAUCAGGAGAGUGUAAAAGAAUUCAAAAGUGAAUAAUAAAAAAAAUUUUAUCAG